AUGCGCCAUCAACCCGACAACGUCUACCUCUUCUUUCACUCUCGACCCUACGGCAAAUCCCGGGCCGACCGUCACCACCCUCACUGGCAAUCACACUGUCGCCGCCCCGCCGCACAAUCCGCUUACAAAACCCUCCCUGCCCCAACCAUUUUAUCGACCGCAGUGGCCAGCACCACCACGGCCACGUCUUCACGUACUCCUCCCGCCGAUGGGACGAUGCCCGACGUCCAUCUCAAACAUCCCACACUUCUUACCUCUAACGACGUGGACUGCCUUCAUGCCUGUCGUAAUAGCGAUUGCACAGUGAUCUCGCUCAACAGCACAUUCGGUCAGUUGGCAACCCAUCGCACAGAGACCGACGAUGUAGUGCCUCCAGCAUCUAUCUACACUCGGCGCAUCCACCUCAAAUACCCUUAUUGA